UGAGAAAAAAUUUUAUGAUUACUGUGAUUUUAUUGUACAAUAAAAAUACGCGAAUUUUGCGUAGAAAAGUAUAAAAAACAAAAGACGACACUAUGCAUUUACAAGAAAAUCUCAGGAACGAUAAAAAUGCUUCUGCGCCCGAUGAGGGUCAUCCGUCAUCCAACCAGGAGCACUUUAUAGACUCUAGACGGGAUUUACAAAAAAAAAUAUUAAGAUUUCAUCCACCGCCGCCAUCAAAGCCACCGCCACCCGCGGCUUUGGGCGCUGCCAUCCUGCAGUCUCGUCUCCUAAAGCAGAUAGAACACGCUGGGGACACAACUCCUGUGGCUGCGGAGGAGACUAAUAUAUAUAGAGCAGAGGCAACAACCGAAGAGCAUCGGUAUCCAAAUGCCUUACAACGAUCGGCCACCUUGCCGGCGAAACAGAAUCGGUUAGGUUUGCGCAGUCGCGUCACCUUUAAAGUGCCAUCGUCACCGGCACCACCUGCAGCUCAACCUCCAAUUCAUAAUCCUUAUCUUAAUCCUGAAAAGAUCGACAAGGUCGUAGGUGGAGCCAAAGAAAAGGAAUCCGGCAAGAUGACUUCCGAAGAUCUGCUGCAGCCGGGCCAUGUGGUGAAGGAGCGUUGGAAGGUCGUUCGGAAAAUUGGCGGCGGCGGCUUCGGUGAAAUCUACGAGGGCCAAGAUCUUAUUACUCGCGAGCAGGUUGCCCUUAAAGUUGAGUCUGCGCGUCAGCCCAAGCAAGUUCUCAAAAUGGAAGUGGCUGUUCUUAAGAAGCUGCAGGGCAAGGAGCAUGUUUGCCGCUUUAUUGGCUGCGGCCGCAACGAUCGAUUCAAUUACGUGGUAAUGCAGUUGCAAGGCAAGAAUCUAGCCGAGCUUCGACGCGCUCAGCCGCGUGGUGCAUUUUCGCUUAGUACAACACUUAGGUUGGGCUUACAAAUUCUAAAGGCCAUUGAAUCGAUACAUUCGGUUGGAUUUCUUCAUCGUGAUAUAAAGCCGAGCAAUUUUUCUGUUGGUCGAUUGCCUUAUAAUUGUCGACGGGUCUAUAUGUUGGACUUUGGAUUGGCGCGUCAAUACACAACGGGUACGGGUGAAGUUCGGUGCCCUAGAGCUGCCGCUGGCUUUCGUGGCACUGUUCGAUAUGCUUCCAUCAAUGCCCAUCGCAAUAGGGAAAUGGGACGACACGAUGAUUUAUGGUCCCUAUUCUAUAUGCUCGUUGAGUUCGUAAAUGGUCAGUUGCCUUGGCGUAAAAUAAAAGAUAAGGAACAAGUAGGCUUAACGAAGGAGAAAUAUGAUCAUAGAAUAUUGCUGAAGCAUCUACCGUCGGAUCUAAAGCAAUUCCUAGAGCAUAUACAGUCGCUAACCUAUGCCGACCGACCAGAUUAUGCGAUGCUCAUAGGAUUAUUUGAGCGCUGUAUGAAAAGGCGCGGCGUCAAAGAGUCAGAUCCUUAUGACUGGGAAAAAGUUGAUUCAACGGCCAUCGUCGGCAAUAUCAGUGCAACAACAGCAGCAGGCAACCCCCUGGUUCCUCUUAAAAACGAUUAUGUGCAUGGAAAUAUAACACAAAUGACUGUGGCAGCAUCUAACGCAAGUGGAACUGAAUAUGUCCGAAAGCGAGGGGAAAUCGAAACAGCUCACAUUACAGCCACCGAGCCCUUACAUAUUAAAGAAAAAGUGGACAGAAACUGCAAUGCAACAUCACUAAAUCCACAGCCAAAAACUUCCGGCGAAGCUAACUUGCAACAGCAUAGUGCCAAUAAUCAAAAUGUUGUACACAAAAAUUUGGUAGCCACAAACACGCCCGUAUCCAUAAAUCCCAACAUUCAAAAUAUUGCUGUUAAAACACCAGUAAUUGGCUUGGGAGAAAGUCAUAAUGUUCCACAACCAGUUUUCCAAUCAAAAGGCAACCAGUUACACGGAGUCGGUGUCGGCACUGGCUCGUUUUCAAUGACAAAUCAAAAUAAUUCUGCGCCGGUUUAUGGAAAUUCUUAUCCACAAUCCGAGGAGAAAGCUUUAGCAAAUCUUUUGCCAAAGAAUGCAACGAACUGCGACGAAAGCAAAGCUGACACCGAAGACAAUGGCAUUACGAAUGACAAAAAAAUGUGGAAACAGUCGAAGUGCAACAGCAGAUUCAGAAAUUACAAUCACAAAUUAUCGGGAAAUGCAGAAAAGCAAACACAGAAAUUGAAUGAGAAAUCCAAUGAAAUUCAGAAGCGAUCAACGGAUGAACCAAUAAAAUCGGCCACAUUUGGUCGUCUUCGUGUUCUUACAGCACCGCCAAUGAGUGUCCAUGAAUUGACGGUGAAUCAACAAGGAUCCAUCGAUCUGCCAUCAGUAAAACAGGAACAGAUUGCGCCGUUUACAGCUGGAAACUUUUCUGGCAGUGGAAACAGUUCGUCUUCUAAAUUUGCCCUCAAUUUGCACGGUCAAAUGUUUAAUAUAGCCAACAUGCCACCAGUUAAUCGUCGUUCCAUCACAUCCACCAACCUGAGGCCAUCCUCUUCGGGCGGUACCGGAACAACAACCACCCCGAGUUCAAUUCAAAGGAUAAACAGUGGAUCAACGCCAACAGGAGGUGGCAACACUGGCAGAAGCAGCUUAACCGGCGACCGUGAUCAUUCAGUAACCCAGUUUGCAUUAAUCGAUGACGAGAAUGUGUCGGCAUUGCAGCAGGUUACUAAAGGCGGUGCCGUUACACUGGCCUCCCAAUGGAAAAGUCAAUUCGAUGAUUCAGAGGAUACUACCGAUAACGAAUGGAAUAGAGAGCCGCAGUUUCAACCCAAUUUCGAGCAAUUGAACAAAGCGGAUAUAUCAUUACCCAUUGCUAAUAAGCCAGUGAAAAUGGCCGUCGUCGCUGAUACAGUAAAAUCAACCAAGACCCAAAGAAAUGGAAAAGACAAGGCGAAAAGAUAUAUGCUGAACAUAACCGGAAUCGAGAACUACGAGGCGUUACGAAUUUCGAUACCAAACUGUUGGUCGGAGCCAGCCAUUGGUAAUGUAUUGCGUAAAGACUUGGAGCCACCAGCUGUACAGCAAGCAGCAUUUGAUGAUACAGUUUAUCGAAUGGACAUAGCCAGAAAUGUUUGCGUCAGAGAAACUUAUUCGGAAAUUGCAUUGCUCGACAAUAAUGCAAAACCCUCACCUUCUGUUGUUUUAAGGACUUCUAUUCAACCUUCGUCUUUUAAAGAGGACUCGGUGUUUCAAUCAAAUAUAUCGAACGAGAGUCAGAAAACUAGGUCGAAACACCGAAACAGCCUUCCAAAUGUAUCGGUUAUCGCCGAUACUUUCGACGAUCAUAACUCAAAUGCAGCGGAAGAAGAUGCGACCAAACCGUGGUGUGCACAGGCCAAAGAUUCCUGCCAGCGAAAAAAUGUAAACGCUGCUCCAAUUCAGGACAUUAAUGGUUGUAUCAGUGGUCGCCUAGAGAUUCGUGUUAUUCCAAAAGAAAAAUCACAUUUGGAUGAUUCAAUCUAUUAUGAUGCCUUGGCGGCGGCCGUUAAAAAUAAUCCUGCAAGCGAAUAUCAAGGAAAUGAAGAGCAACUCACCGAAAGGCCCCCAAAUUACUGUGAUGAAACAUCAGAAGCAAAUGCUGCUGCACUUAUUGUAGCUUCACCCGCGAGUAUAGUUCAUAAUUACGUCACGACGCAUCCAAUUCCCACAACCAUAGCAAAGACACCUAACGAAACUCAUUCUGUGAAUGGCAACAGUAUCGAAACCACUGAUCAGACGGUGAUCAGACAAAAUUUGGCCACGGAUUUAACCAUAUUACCACUAUUGGUACCCCCAGCAAAAUUCCUGUUCGGCAAUCCAAGUGUGCUUCGUGGGCAGGUGGUGAGUCUGCGGGAGGAGUUGGUACUACAUUGGAAACAAACACGCCUCAGAAUACAAACACAAAUGCGAUUGAUGGAUACUGUUAUACCUUCUCGCAAAACUUUACACUCGAAAUCUAUAGAGAAUUCUUCUAAUAUUACGGAUCUAACACCAGGACUUCGUCGACGCCGAGAAUCCACGGAAGGGAAGUAUGUUACUGAUCCAACUCAGCUGCAAUUAAGAUUUCAAAGACCCCGGUCCCGGACAUCCAGUCGAACUCGUGGCAUUCCCAACUCAAUGUUGGGAGGAGGCGACUUUGAUGAUAAUGGAACAUUUGUAAACGACGACGAUUUUGGAUCGAUGCUAGAGAAAAAUGAACAAAAAUCCAACAAUAUGCGAACGACCGAUAAAUAUUCAACGGAAUGUAACAUUUCACCGCCACCAGGGGAUCCGAAAAUUGAAAAUAGCGCCCGACUACGACGUUAUAGGCAUAAUAACCUAGAAUAAUCGCCAUAAUCAACAAUAAUUGCAAUUCACAGCCAUGCUUCGGUUAUCGCUAAAAGGGUUGUGAUAUUUAUCAAUUCAAAUCGGCUGAGUAAAGAGAGAUCCUAAUCUUAACUUCUUACAUUUAGUUUAUUGAUUUAUAAAGGGUAAAAGACAACGGUUUCUCGCAAAGCCUGAUGUUCCAUAAGUAUCCGCUUUCUGAGAAAUCCUACUUUCAAUUUCUGAAUGCAGUGCUAUCUAUAUUAAACAGAUUUUAACGAUAAUCGGAGCAGGGUUAAUAAUCCCAUUAACGGAGAGAUACCAGAAUUCCGACAUAAUAAUUUGCUCUAUUUAAGGGAUUACAAGGGGCUUAACGGUUUAAUAAAAGGAUGUUUCGGGCUAUUUAA